GGUUGUUUAUGGAUUCUACGACCAGUCCAACUUUAUUUUGCCUCUAGUGAACUGUGUCCAGAUAUUAUUCUCCAAUACGUUCCAGCACAGCGCAGCAGCCAAUAUGAUCGAAAGCUCCAUGGCGAUGGCAUCCCCGGAAAGUUACGUGUAUCAGAUGGAGGCGGAAAGUUACGACAGUCUGCUGGAGAGGAUCACGUUCGGCGAGGCCGCCUGCAUGCAACUGACUCCACCGGUCCCUGCCGAUCUCUCCGGUUUCCCGUGUACCGAGCCCCCCAGACUGAGGCACCCUGACGACAUGCCAAUGCUGUCCUGCGCCGAGCGCUCCUGCACGGAUGCCUUUGCAAACGAUGCCUACCCGACCUGGCACUAUUACUCCCCGCUCCCCUUCGCCAGCCCGUUCGGAGGGGGCUACGACUAUUCCUACGAGCCGGCCUUCAUCCGCAAGCGCAACGAGAGGGAGAGGCAGAGGGUGAAGUGCGUGAACGAGGGCUACGCGCAGCUCAGGCAGCACCUGCCGCAGGAGCUCACUGACAAGAGGCUCAGUAAAGUGGAGACCCUCCGGGCCGCCAUCAAGUACAUCCGGGAACUGCAGGCGCUGCUGGCCGUGCGCGUGGAGCACGCCGAGCACCAGCCGCCCGCCGACGCCGUCUCCCAGGCAACGGAUGCCCUGGAAACCGCCGCCCACGGGGCCGCCUCCGGGGCGCCCUCUGGGGACGGGGCGAGCAAGCGGCAAAUCCGCCACUGAGGCGGUGGGGGCGAGAGCAAGAACCAGCGCAGCUCACUCCCUGCUCACCUCCCAAUUCACCCACUCCCUGCUCACCCCACUCCCUGCUCACCUCCCAAUUCACCCCACUCCCUGCUCACCUCCCAAUUCACCCCACUCCCUGCUCACCUCCCAAUUCACCCCACUCCCUGCUCACCUCCCAAUUCACCCCACUCCCUGCUCACCUCCCAAUUCACCCCACUCCCUGCUCACCUCCCAAUUCUCCCCACUCCCUGCUCACCUCCCAAUUCUCCCCACUCCCUGCUCACCUCCCAAUUCUCCCCACUCCCUGCUCACCUCCCAAUUCUCCCCACUCCCUGCUCACCUCCCAAUUCACCCCACUCCCUGCUCACCCCACUCCCUGCUCACCUCCCAAUUCACCCCACUCCCUGCUCACCUCCCAAUUCUCCCCACUCCCUGCCCACCCUAAUCCCUACUCAUCUUUAUCCCUACUCACCUUAAUCCCUGCUCACCCACUUCCUGUUCACUCACUCUCUGCUCACCUCUCAAUUUACCCACUCCCUGUUCACUCUAAUCCAUGUUCACCCACUCCCUGCUCACAUCCCAACACAACCACUCCCUGCUCACCUCCCAAUUCACCCACUCCCUGCUCACCCCACUCCCUGCUCACCUCCCAAUUCACCCCACUCCCUGCUCACCUCCCAAUUCACCCACUCCCUGCUCACCUCCCAAUUCACCCACUCCCUGCUCACCUCCCAAUUCACCCCACUCCCUGCCCACCCUAAUCCCUACUCAUCUUUAUCCCUACUCACCUUAAUCCCUACUCACCUUAAUCCCUGCUCACCCACUUCCUGUUCACUCACUCUCUGCUCACCUCUCAAUUUACCCACUCCCUGUUCACUCUAAUCCAUGUUCACCCACUCCCUGCUCACAUCCCAACACAACCACUCCCUGCUCACCUUCCAAUUCACCCACUCUCUGUUCAGUCUAAUCCAUGUUCACCCACUCCCUGCUCACCUCCAAUUCACCCCACUCCCUGCUCACCUCCCAAUUCACCCCACUCCCUGCCCACCCUAAUCCCUGCUCACCUUAAUCCCUACUCACCUUAAUCCCUACUCACCUUAAUCCCUGCUCACCUCUCAAUUUACUCCAUUCCCUGCUCACUUCCCAACACAACCACUCCCUGCUCACCUCCCAAUUCACCCACUCUCUGUUCACUCUAAUCCAUGUUCACCCACUCCCUGCUCACAUCCCAACACAACUACUCCCUGCUCACCUCUCAAUUUAGUCCAUUCCCUGCUCACUUCCCAACACAACCACCCCCUGCUCACCUCCCAAUUCACCCCAUUCCCUGUUCACCUCCCAACACACCCCACUCCUGGCUCACCCACUCCAUUCACUCACUCCCUGCUCACCUCCAAAUUCACCUACUCUCUGUUCACCCCCUCCCUGCUUAUCUCCCAAUUCACCCACUGCCUGCUCACCAACUCCUGUUCACCUCAUUCACUGCUCACAUUCCAACUAACCCCAGUCCCCACUCACCUCACUCCCUGCUCACCUCACAUCCCAACUAACCCCACUCCCCCUCACCUCACUCCCAACUCACCCUCCUCCCAACUCUCCACAUUCCCUGUACACCUCCCAACUCACCCCACUCCCAGCUCACUUCGCUUCCCAAUUCACC